AUGUGUAAUCGCAUUUCAGCUAUCGAUUAUACGCCUAUAAAUCCUUGCAAUCCUUCACCAUGUGGAGCAAAUGCUGUGUGUAAGGAAUCAAAUGGUGCUGGUUCUUGUUCAUGUAUACCGGAAUAUUUCGGUGAUCCUUACUUAGGAUGUCGACCAGAAUGUGUAAACAAUCUUGAUUGUGCAUGGAAUAAAGCAUGCAUCAAUUACAAAUGUGUAGAUCCUUGCAUUGGAGCUUGUGGCUUAAAUGCUGAAUGUAAGGUUAGCCACCAUGCUCCUACUUGCUAUUGUUGGCAAGGGUACACUGGAAAUGCUUUAUUAUCAUGUCAUAAAAUUGAGUUUGAUCCAACAUGCCAAGUUGAUUUGGUUAUUACAAAACACCCUUGCAUGAAAUCGCCUUGCGGACAAUACAGCCAGUGCCGAGUUGUAAAUGGGCACGCAGUAUGUUCUUGUUUAGCUGGUUACUUUGGAAAUCCUCCAAACUGUCAUCCCGAAUGUAUAACUAGUUCGGAUUGUCCACAAGACAAAUCAUGUGUAAAUCAAAUUUGUUCGGACCCAUGUCCUGGUACAUGUGGUUAUAAUGCGCAAUGCCGAGUUGUAAAUCAUAGUCCAAUAUGUAGUUGCUACCCGGGUUAUUAUGGUGAUCCGUUUGUUCGCUGUGCUAUUAUAGAAAAGCCUUUGCUACCGGAACAAGAUAGACAUCCACAGAACCCUUGUGUUCCGUCACCAUGUGGUCCAAAUUCUAUAUGUCAUCCUAAAGAUUAUACUCCUAUUUGUUCUUGUUCACCAAAUUACAUUGGUCGACCUCCAUUCUGCAGACCAGAAUGUACAAUAAAUGCCGAAUGUAAUGGACAUUUGGCUUGUGUGAAUGAAAGAUGUAUAGAUCCAUGUCCUGGUUCCUGUGGUAUAAAUGCUUUCUGUAAAGUUAUUUCCCAUAAUCCUGUAUGUAAAUGCGAUGAUGGGUAUAAUGGUGAUCCGUUUAUAGCUUGCACACCAACGCCGAUUAUACCACCACCUCCUGCAGAUGUACCAAGUGAUCCAUGUAACCCAUCACCAUGUGGGGCAAAUGCUAUUUGCAAAGAAAGAAAUAAUGCUGGAUCUUGUUCAUGCAUUCCCGAGUAUACUGGCGAUCCUUAUACAGGAUGUAGACCAGAAUGUGUACUAAAUAGCGAAUGUCCUAGAGACAAAUCAUGUAUAAACAAUAAAUGUCGGGACCCAUGUCCGGGAAUGUGUGGUUUAUAUGCUGAAUGCAGAGUGAUCAACCAUUCUCCUUCAUGUGCUUGUCUUCCAGGAUAUACUGGCAAUGCGUUGUCUGCUUGUCAACUUCUUCCUAUUGCCAGCCCAGAUCUACCACCUAAAAAUCCUUGUAUACCUUCACCUUGUGGCCCAUACAGCCAAUGCAGGGCAAUAAAUAACCAUGCAGUUUGUUCAUGCCAAACAAACUAUAUUGGUACACCUCCAGCUUGUCGUCCAGAAUGUAUGGUUAGUUCUGAGUGUUCUCAAGAUAAGGCAUGUGUCAAUCAAAAAUGUGUUGAUCCAUGUCCUGGAACUUGUGGUCUUAAUGCACGAUGUCAAGUAGUUAAUCAUAAUCCAAUAUGCAGUUGUUCAGCUGGAUAUACUGGUGAUCCAUUUGUUCGAUGCUUACAAGAAAAACCAAUCUAUGAUGAACCAAUAAUACCGACUAACCCAUGUGUCCCAUCUCCUUGUGGACCAAAUUCUUUAUGCCGUGAUCGUAAUGGAACUCCAACAUGUUCUUGUUUACCUAACUAUACUGGCAGACCACCAAAUUGCCGCCCAGAAUGUACUAUAAAUGCCGAAUGUCCUGGUAAUCUUGCAUGUGUUAACGAAAAAUGCCGAGAUCCUUGCCCAGGCUCAUGUGGUAUAUAUGCUACAUGUAAUACAGUAAAACAUGUUCCUCAGUGUGUUUGCCAAAAUGGUUAUACAGGAGAUCCAUUUAGUGGUUGUUCUCUAAUACAACAAAUUCCGACUGAAGGACCUAAAAUGCCAUGUAACCCAUCACCUUGCGGAGCAAAUGCAAUAUGCAAAGAACGAAAUGGUGCCGGUUCUUGUUCUUGUUUACCGGAAUAUUUUGGAGAUCCUUAUACUGGAUGUAGACCAGAAUGCGUGACAAAUUCUGAUUGUGAUCGUAGUAAAUCUUGUAUGAAUAAUAAAUGCCGUGACCCAUGCCCAGGAGUUUGUGGUUUAAACGCUGAAUGUAGAGUUAUUAAUCAUUCACCAUCUUGUUACUGUCCAGUUGGUUUUACUGGCGACCCAACACUAUCUUGCUACAUACAACCAGCACUUGAUCCUGAACCACCGAAAAACCCUUGUAUACCUUCACCAUGUGGACCAUAUAGUCAAUGUAGAGCUGUCAAUAAUCACGCUGUAUGUUCUUGUCAGACAAAUUACAUAGGAACACCACCGGCUUGUAGGCCAGAAUGUAUGGUUAGUUCUGAAUGUCCUCAAGACAAAGCAUGCGUAAAACAAAAAUGUAUAGACCCAUGUCCUGGAACAUGUGGAGUAAAUGGAAGAUGUCAAGUAGUCAAUCAUAAUCCAAUUUGUAGUUGUCCCCCGGGUUAUAAUGGAGAUCCUUUUGUACGAUGCUUAAAAGAACAACCUCCACAAUUGGACGUACCAGUUAAUCCUUGUGUGCCAUCUCCAUGUGGACCAAAUUCUGUAUGUCGAGAAAUUGGUAACACUCCAGCUUGUUCAUGUCUGGAAAAUUACAUCGGAAGACCUCCUAACUGCCGACCGGAAUGUACUAUCAAUGCCGAAUGUCCAGGAAAUUUAGCAUGUUUAAAAGAACGAUGUAAGGAUCCAUGCCCUGGUUCAUGCGGUAUAUACGCUACGUGUGUAACUAUUAACCACAGUCCACAAUGUAAUUGUGAACAAGGUUAUACAGGAGAUCCAUUUGCUGGAUGUUCUAUAAUACAACAAGUUGUGCCCACUGAAGGACCGAAAAUGCCUUGUAAUCCAUCUCCAUGUGGAGCAAACGCUAUGUGUAAAGAGCGCAAUGGAGCUGGUUCUUGUAUAUGUUUGUCAGAAUAUUUUGGAGACCCUUACACUGGAUGUAGACCAGAAUGUGUAACCAAUUCUGAUUGUGAUAGAAGUAAGGCAUGUGUAAAUAAUAAAUGCCGUGAUCCUUGUCCUGGUACUUGUGGUUUAAACGCAGAAUGUAGCGUAAUAAAUCACGCACCAUCAUGCACGUGUUUACCGGGUUAUACUGGUAAUCCAAUAACUGCGUGUCAUAUGCCACCACCUCCAAUGGAUGAAAUACCUCAAAAUCCAUGUGAACCAUCACCUUGUGGUCCUUAUAGUAUCUGUAGAACUGUAAAUGGUCACGCAGUAUGUUCAUGUCAAACUAAUUAUAUUGGCACACCACCUGGUUGUCGUCCAGAAUGUGUAGUUAGCUCUGAAUGUCCUCAAAAUAGAGCAUGUAUUAAUCAAAAGUGUGCAGAUCCCUGCAUUGGAAUAUGUGGUAUUGGAGCAAGAUGUCAAGUUAUAAACCAUAACCCUAUUUGUAGUUGUCCAAGUGGUUUAAUCGGUGAUCCCUUUGUUCAAUGCAAAUCUGAACCACGGCCAACACAAGCACCACCUAGCGGAAACCCUUGCGUUCCAUCUCCAUGUGGUCCAAAUUCAAUUUGUCGUGAAGUUGGUUCAACUCCAGCAUGUUCUUGUCAGUCAAACUAUAUAGGAAGACCACCAAACUGUCGACCAGAAUGUUCCAUAAAUGCAGAAUGUCCUGGAAAUCUUGCUUGCUUAAACGAGCGUUGUAAAGAUCCAUGUCCUGGUUCUUGUGGAGUUCAUGCAACUUGCGUAACACGUAAUCAUAGGCCACAAUGUUCAUGUGAAACUGGUUAUACUGGAGACCCAUUUGCUGGAUGUUACAUUGUUCAACAAAUUGCUCCGACUGAAGGACCAAGAGAUCCAUGUAAUCCUUCGCCAUGUGGAGCUAAUGCUAUUUGUCGAGAAAAGAACGGUGCAGGUUCUUGUGUUUGUCUCCCUGAAUAUUUCGGAGACCCUUACACGGGUUGUAGGCCAGAGUGCGUGACGAAUGCAGAUUGUGAUCGCACAAAAGCAUGUGCUAAUAACAAGUGUAAAGAUCCAUGUCCCGGAACAUGUGGCCUUAAUGCAGAAUGCAAAGUCCUAAACCACGCUCCUUCGUGCAGUUGUUUGUAUGGUUACACGGGGGAUCCAUUGAGUGCUUGUCAUGUUAUACCCAUUACUGAAGCUACGCCAGUAGAUCCGUGUGUUCCGUCUCCUUGUGGACCAAAUAGUCAGUGCAGAGAAUUAAAUGAUCACGCUGUUUGUUCUUGUUUAAGUGAUUUUAUUGGCACACCCCCAUCUUGUCGUCCUGAAUGUGUUGUCAGUUCCGAGUGUAGUCAAAACAAAGCAUGUGUUAAUCAAAAAUGUAUUGACCCCUGCAUUGGUACUUGUGGUCUAAAUACAAGGUGUCAAGUAGUAAAUCACAACCCUAUUUGUAGCUGUUCUCCUGGAUUUACAGGCGAUCCUUUCGCUUCUUGCAAUAAAAUACAAC